AUGCUCCCACAACGAAUUGUGCGAGCUUCGGCUCUGCGCAAUGCCAUGGCCGCCAGCCGAAGGCUCCCCACGAUUCAACGACGAGGCUUUUUGCCAUCCCAGUUUUCCGACAAGAAAGUGAUUGACGAAAAGUACCCCGAUUUCCCGCGACUCAGCGAAGCUCAGGACCCUGGAAUGAAUGGAGGCUACAUCAACCCGCCUAGAAUCAAGCGACAGUUUCGCGACCCAUAUGCCACCUGGUGGGACCCCCAGGAGCGACGAAACUUUGGCGAGCCGGUUCACGAGGAUAACGACAUGAUGGGUAUCUUCUCCCCUUGGGAGUAUACGUGGACUACUACGGGACCUGGUCUGAUCAUGGUUGGAACAUUCAUUACCGUUUUCCUCGGAGUUUCAGGGGUUGUCUACCUCAACUACCCUGAUAGGGUUGCCUACCCCAGGGAAUUUGAGAAUGGCCUGGAGCGGGAAUUGGGUGGCCCAGGAGCCGUAAGAGCACGAAUGGCUGGCGAUGAGGACCCGUGA